AUGUUACGUGGAGAAUCUUCCUCAGAUUCUCCUGAUGCAUCCUCCCGGUGGAGCUACCAUGUUUUUUUGAGUUUUAGAACGGAAGGCGAUCAUAUAGAUUUUGCAGACAACUUGCGUGCUUCGUUGCAGCGAAAGGGAAUCUCAACUUUCAGAUAUGAUCAACAAGCUGAGAGAGGAGAUAUGAUUUGGGAAAAAGUUCAAGAAGCAAUUGAGAAAUCCGUCGUUGCCAUUGUCCUUCUCUCCGAGAACUAUGCUUCUUCCUCUUGGUGUUUAGAUGAACUCCGAAAGAUACUUGAUCUGGGGAAACCAGUUGUUCCUGUGUUCUAUGAUGUCGAUCCUUCCGAUGUUCGGCACCAGAGAAAUAGUUUCUUUAAGGCUUUCAAAGAACAUGAAAUAAGAUCUGAAGAAGACAAAUUGAAGGUGCCAAAAUGGAGGGAAUCCUUGAAAACAGUUGCUGGUUUUUCUGGCUGCGUGUCCAAGAAUAUGUAA